AAUGCUUUUGCCCCCUCCACUUGACGACUAUAUAGUAUAUACUAAACUCUCUAUCUUUGUCCCUCUUUCACCUCUACUACACAAUAUAAAGCUCACAAGAACUCUUCCAUUUCUUAAGCCUUUUAACUAGAAAAAAAACUCUUCCAUUUCUUGCACUUUUUUAUAUUUUGGUCGGACUCACUAAGAGCAGAAACAAAUCAAUGGCACCGGAGGAGAAUGGCACGUGUGAGCCGUGCAAGACUUUUGGGCAAAAGUGCAGCCAUGUCGUGAAGAAACAAAGAGCCAAGUUUUACAUUCUUCGCCGUUGUAUCGCCAUGUUAGUUUGCUGGCACGACCAGAACCACGACCGCAAAGACUCUUGAUUACUUUCUUCUUAUUGGAUUGUUAUCUUCAUAUUUUAAAAAUAAUUUAUCUACAUAUUAAUGUGCAUACGUAUAUUAGAGAAGAUUGAAAAUUGUGUGUUUGUUUUGUUUGUUGAAAUGGAUAGCUUUUGGCUACGUUUUAGUUGUAGUGCGUUUUUACUAUUUUGUCAGGAUUAUAUAAAUAUGGUAAUUAAUUACUGCACC